AUGCUGAAAUCACCCAUUCUACGACAGUGGCAACGCCUCGUACGCUUCCAUCCCAAAUCAGACCCUUCCAAAGCCGUCAUCGGCCAGCCAAUAGAUCCCAAACUUGACGUCGGUCUCGCUCUCCGCCACAACACCCAGGACAUCCCCGUGCAACUCUACUCGGGCACCUCUGUCCUCGCCCCAGGCAAGCCGACUGGUCAAACCGCCAGCAUCGCCCGCCUCCUCUCGCCCGUGUCUCAAGCCGAAGCCGGCACCAUCCGCUGCAUCGGCCUCAACUACCGCCAGCACGCUGCAGAAGUCAACCUCCCUCUCCCCACCACGCCAUCACUAUUCCUCAAACCCGCCACGGCGCUCACAAAUCCUUACCCGACACGGGUACCACUCCCCCACCUCACGCAAGCCGACGACAGCGGCGACUACGAGGCCGAACUCGCCGUUGUCAUCGGCGCGGUAGCCAAGAACGUCCGCGCUGCUGACGCGUUGAGCUACGUACUGGGCUAUACGGCGGCCAACGAUGUGAGCAGCCGUACCGCGCAGUUCGCUACCAGCCAGUGGUGCUUCAGCAAAGGCUUUGAUGGCAGCUGUCCUCUGGGCCCUGUGCUAGUGUCGCCGAACUUGAUCCCUGAUCCUGGGAGCCUGAAAGUGAAGGGCUUGCGAAACGGCGAGCUGCUACAGGAUGGCGCCACCGAUGACUUGAUCUUCGGUGUGGCGGAGCUGAUCGCGUUUCUAAGCCAGGGGACUACGUUACUGCCCGGCACGGUGAUACUGACGGGCACACCGGCGGGAGUGGGGGUUGUGAGGAAGCCGAAGGUCACGCUAAGGGCGGGCGAUGAAUUUCACGUGCAGAUCGAGCCACAUGUGGGGACGUUGGUGAGCGUCUUUGAAAACGAGCCUUGA